UUGAUGACAUCCUCGUCAGGAGAAAGGGAUAUGCCAAUUGAGCGUGACACAUAAUGAGAGUUUUUUAGUUUUUUUAACCAUUAAUUGUUUUUGAAAGAGUGCUUUAGUUUUGGUUCAUACAAAAUUAUUGAUUUAUCAACUUAAAGAUGUUAAUAAAAAGCAUUGAUUUAUGAACAAAAAACUUAAAUUAUAUUUGGCUAAAAAAUUAUAUGUGUUGGUUGAAGAAAUCGACGAAAGAUGUGACACGGGCAAAAGCUGCAGGCAAGCUAGCUUGGCAACCAAGAGCAGAUCCGAAGGAGGUAACACCAAUCAAGACAGGCUCGUUGUUGAUAGUAACAGCCAGAGGACCACCAGAGUCACCUCUGCAGGUGCUGGAACCACCAAGGCCGCUAGUGCAGAUGUUAGAGGAUUGCAAGAUCAAGGGGAAGGCGUAGGAGCAAACGCUGUUGGAGAUAACGUUCAAGCUGACGUGGCUCAGGUACUGGUUGGUUGAGAUCGAUCCACCAUCUUGAGUUAAACCGAAGCCAGAAGCAACGGCGGUGGCACCGACGAAGUUAUUGUUCAGUAAGUCCCCAGAAGGCAGGGCAAUGGGCUUGAUGGAGUCUGAGAAGUCAACAGCGAAAGGUAGGUAGAUAACACCAACAUCGUUGCGAGCAAGGAGAGGCUGCCAGUUAGGGUGAAGGAUGACAGCGCUGGUUUCAAUCCUGGUACCGCCAAAGAAGAGUGUGUUGGAGCCAAGUACGACGUUGAAGAGCCAAGCCUGGUUCACGCCAUCAAACCAACAGUGGGCAGCGGUGAUAACUCUGCUUGCACUGACAAGGGAACCUCCGCACACACCGGUGCCAGCGAUACCGGCGUAGGAAGCGAGAAGACCAGCCUGGUAGGGGAAUUGACCAACACUGGAAGGAGAACCACCGACAAUUCUUUGCUGCAUCAUCUGUUCCUCAGCUUUGCGGAUUUCUUCUCCCAAUGGGAUGGCAUAUUUCUGGAUGUAGCCGUACGCAGUGUUACCGUCAAGAGCGGGUUCUACAUUCGCGUAGGCGAGAGUUGCCAAAGCUAGGACAAGGAAGACCUUCAUGAUGAUACUUUAAAUAAUCAC